AUGGCAUCGGAUGCUAAUAAUUUCGCAUCCAAUGUUGAAGCUGUUUUACAAGAUGCGGCAGCGUUACAAGCUUUUCGAGAAUGGAUCCGUCUUGAUCCAUCUCGACCGGCUGAUUGCCUCACACUGUAUUUCGCUAUAAAAGGAUACCAAACGUUCCUUUCAAAGAACGAUCCAAACACUUCCAGUAUGGCUUGCACAUUACAUCGAAAGUUUAUUAGUCAGCGUACGGGUACUUGUUCGUUCCUUCCCGCGUCUGUGCGGAAGGAAAUGUCCACAAGGGUGCAUUCUCUCAACAGUCAAAAUCCUCCUUAUCCUGAACUGUUCGAUCCUGUGCAGCCAGCACUUAGGAAGCAACUUGAUGCUCUUCAUGCGCAAUUCGUCUCGUCUCAUAGUUUCUUGGAGUUCAUCGCUCGUGGCAGUGAAGGUUCUUCCUCCGCUACGCCUGAGGAUGACUUCCACCUGCUUCCAACAAGCUUUGCGCCAACAUCGACCUUGAUACGCGAUAGUGGCAAGAAGAAUAAGGGGUUCAAAACUCGUGCAUAUUCGUGUGAUGCGUCCACCAGUCGUGAUAAUGAUGAUAGUUCCCGAGGCAUUAUCAUCGACCGAGAGAGACACCUUUUUAAGCAUAGCGAUGGUUCGAUCCGGCACGAUAUUCCCGAAGCACGAGAAGCCUUCGCUUCAGUCUUAACUGAACGGCUUGAGGUUAUCAGUAAGGAACUGGAGAGAAGCGAUGCAAAUACUUAUGCUCGUGACCUGCCGCCAGAUCUCGCAGCAUGUUCGCUACUGCCUUCACUUCAUGAUAAUCGCAUAUUAGAAGAGACAACAAGUGACGAGGAAGUUGAAAAAUAUGUGGGCAGAAUUGAUGGAACUCGUCGAAGAUCUGAGUCUACAUCUCCAGUUCUAUUCAAUUUCCGCCCGACCAAAGCUAAUCCUUACGAGAACGGAUUUGCCCCACCACCUGCGCAGGAAUCACAUUUUCCCUUUCCUAGUUUACCCACACCUCCCGUGUUUCCUUGCAAAUCUAAUAAAUCUAUGGACUAUCGACUUUCUGACUCCAGUGGUUUUUGCAGUUCUGAGAGUGCCUACUGGUCGGAAAGAAGUUUUGGCAAAAAGAAAAUGAGUUUGGAUGCUCAUUCCUAUCAACUUGGGACACGCAGUCUACCCAGAAGACCAUCGCAUCCUGCACCCACACAUAACAUCUUUGCAACUCUAAAUUGUCGGAUUGAUGCACCACCGCUAACGCUGGUCUUGCGAGAGAAUGGUCAGCCACCUAUGGUGGCGAAAAUUCCGUCAGAAAUCAUUACUCUAGCGAAAUUUCGUAGAAUAUUUGGUGUAUCACGAACAGAAAACAAAAGAUUUCUUUUCAAAAGCACUUGCGAAGAUGAUUCGGCUCCAUAUCAGUGGAGUGUCAUCACCGAUGAUGACGCCGUGCUGCCACUGUUUGAUGGAAAAAUCACAGCCGAAUGCCGACAUUUUAACGAAGCGCUGUAGUACUACCACAUUUUUGUAUGCACAUAUUGCUUUAAACGAGUUAGAGAGAAAAAGAACUAUGUUUCAAAGUCAUUUGUAUCGGUUGCUUUCACAGGGUUUGUUGCGCGCUCACUUAGCUUUGUUUAUAUCUAUUUGCUC